AAAGGUGCUGAUUGGCUAUAGAAAAGAGCACAUCAGAAUAGCAAAUGUUCUUCCUCUUUGAAUCAUUCAUAAGCAAGGACAGAAAGGCAGGGCCAUUGUGACCUCAAGCUGUAGCUAAAAUCAGUCCAAUGCAAUAGGAGUUUCAAGAACAGCAGCACAAAAAUGAUGACUUAACUGGAUGGGAAAAGAAAACAUAUUUUCAAGAAAGCCUCUUCAUUCUUAGAGUAGACGUUUCCCUUCAAGAUGACAAGUGGUGCAAACUCUUCAGGAUCUCCCUCGCCCUCAAAAAUAAGAAGUUCUAAAAUAGAUGACAACUACUUGAAAGAAUUGAAUGAGGACUUAAAGCUAAGGAGGCAGGAACUUCUAGAGAUGCUUAAACCUCUAGAAAAUAAGAACAACCUCUUAUACCAGAAGUUAAUGUCUAACUUGGAGGAAAAACAAAGAAGCCUGCAGAUCAUGAGGCAGAUCAUGGCAGGGAAGGGGAGUGAUCAAUCUUCAGUCAUGGAUCUCAUUAAGGAAGCAGAGGAGAUGAAACAGAACCUGGAAAGGAAAAACAAGAUGCUUCGGAAGGAAAUGGAGAUGCUAUGGAACAAGACAUUAGAGUCAGAAGAAUUCAGUGAUCAACCAAAAACAUCACAGAUGAAAAAUAAGGCAGAACUGCAGGACGGAAAGGAAAAGCAACAGAGGAAAAUGGAACGGGUCAAGUAUCAGGAUCAAACCAACAUCCUUCAGAACAACUUUCACGGCAAAGUGAUUGAGCUGAGAAUUGAAGCUAUGAAGAACUACCAGAAGGCUAAUGACCUGAAAGUAUCACUGUACUUACAGCAGAAUUUUGAGCCAAAGCAAACAUUUUUAAAUCUUCCUGGGUCCCAAGGUACCAUGGGCACUAUAACUAAGGGCAGAACAACUAACAGCAAGAAUGAACCCCAUGUGAGAAAUCUGGGUUCAAAGAUCUACACAGAACAACAAAGAACUAAAGGAAGUCAGUUUGAUGAUGUAGGAGGGAGGCGCUUUUUUCUGAGGUCACUGCCAGAUGAAGCACUAAAGGAUUAAAAGGCUUUCACUCCAUUUGCUUUGGACAGAUUUAAAGACUAGGCACAGUCAUUUGUGUUAAUCAAAAUCUCUUAAACCUC